CUUUUGUCAAAAAAAAAGAAGAAAAAGAUAAGAGUAUUUUUUUCGUUUAUGGACGGGAAGAAAUAGGGAAAAUUAGAAUAAUCUGAAUUUAUUUCGUUUAUUGACGUAGGUUCUUUCUUUGUCUUUCGGCAAACUACACGUAAGAAAAUACGGAGUCUAUUGCUUUUCAAACAAAUUCCUUUAAUCCCAAACGUACCCUUAAUUUCCCCCUAAUUUUCUCCACGUUCUUCCCCAAUUUUUGCCCUAAUUUCCCAAUUUCCAUUGUUCUGCAUCGUCUUCGGUCAUACUCCGUGCUGCAAGCUAUCAUAAUUGAGCUCCAAUUUGGCUUUAUAACUUCGGUUUACAGGGGAUUGCAUUACCACGAACUUUGUUCAUGUACACCAGUUCGUAUUUCGAGUGGGCUAAUAAUGGUCUUCAAACGGAAAGAAAUUGGUCUUCAAUCAAAAGGCUUGAUUGGUCUUGUUUCAAAAUUUUGCUAUUCAUUGGGACCUGUUUCUGUGGGUUAUCAGCUGCAGAUGUUUGCUAUGACUGUGUUAUAGUUCUUGCACUCUUUGUGUGGCUUCUCUUCUGCUGGAAUCUGAUAGUUGAAUGAGUCUAUUAUGGUUUUACCUUAAAUAAUGGUUAAGGCAUUAACAAUGUAAAUUUAGGCCCUCCGAUUUAUUUUGCAAGAGUGUUUAGAUAAUACGGUGUGAGAACUAAUUAAUUGUAUGUUAAUUAAUUAGUUCUGAGCACUGCAUCUGUUUGUGCACAUUUAUGCUGCCUGUACCAUCGUUUGCGUAUUAUUUUGUAACAAAUAUUAGCUUGUGGAGCUGAAUUAUAGAUAUUGGCUAGUUGAGUCUGUCAGGAUCAGUUCUAUGCAUGAGUGUGAAAAUGAUGGUUUUUCGUUUCGUUUCUCUGCGUAUCCAUCUAUGGAGAAAGUUGGGUUUCAUUUGUGAAUGCUAUCUUGAUAUACAGCUUGAGGCUCCUUUACUUUAUUUGCUCUUAUGUAUUUGGAGGAUUUCUAGUCCUUCCUGUUCUGCUAUAUUUUCUGUAGGUUUUACUCCGAAAGCACAUGUCAGAGUUACUAACAUCUCUGGUUUUGCAGAUGAGAGACAACAGCAGUUAGAUGUUCCCUUGAUGACUCUGGUAUGGCAAUGGAGUUGCAGGUCUCUUUAGAUCAGAUUGCAGGUCUCCGCCCUGAGAAUCAUCUAAAUGGAGAGGGAGGUUCUGGUUUAACCCUCUUGUCGCAAGACAAUGAUGCUGCAAAGAAUAAAGUGAAAAAACCAACUCGUCAAUGGGCUGCUUGGACCCAUCAAGAGGAAGAAAGCUUCUUUUCUGCUCUUCGGCAAGUUGGAAAGAAUUUUGAAAAAAUCACUUGUCGAGUUCAGAGUAAAAACAAAGAUCAGGUCAGGCACUAUUAUUAUCGUCUUGUGAGACGCAUGAACAAAUUGCUUGGCCCAGAUCUUUGCCUUGAUGCCAGAAACUGCAAAGAAACUAAUGCUGCAAUGCUUAGAUGGUGGUCCCUACUGGAGAAGUACAGCUGCAAAGCAUCAAAGCUUCACUUAAAGCCUCGAAGAUUCAAGUUGUUCGUAGAAACCUUGGAGAGCCAACUCUUGAAGGAUAGGAAAAAGAAUGUCAGAAAACGAGUUUCUCAAGGCGAAAAUAGUUCUAUGAUUUCUCCAACUAGUGUCUCAAACCUUGGCAGAGUUUCUGGUCCUGAAAGUCGUGUGGCUAAAGCAGCACUGGUUGAUAAUCAAAACUUUCAAAAAUUUGGAACGGCAAAAGGACCCUCUUUAAAUCGCAACCUAAGCUUAGGUAUCAACCGAGGCAACACAAAAGCACGCUCUUCGGCUCUCAAAGCUGCAAAGCAUCAGCACAAAACAGGCAUGGUUUCAAAAGCUGCAUAUAAGAGAUGGGAAAAGGCUGCCAUUGCCGGGGUCUCUCUGGUUGCAGAUGCUGCGGAGCAUAUAGAACGAUCGUCCUUUGAUAAAGAAGUCGAGCAUGUCCGGGAUACACCUGCACAAAUUGCUCUCGAGUACUGUAUGAAAGAUAUUCCGUCAAUGGUGGACAAUUUACAGAGUUCUGCAAAGCUUAAGCUUCAGUUGUUCCCAAUUGAUGAUGCCACCCGAAGAGCCUUAGAAUCGGAUAGUCAUAAUCCACACCUGGAACUCACAUUGAGUACCCGAAAGAAGAUAUCAUCUGUGUUGGAACAUCUUCACCGCAAGUGGGGGAGUUCAAGCAUUGCAUCUGGAGAACUAAUGCUUUUGCCAUAUCCUGUGGAGCCACUGAACCUCUCUGGCUAUCACAAGUGGACUAAGGACUCUACUCUUAGCGCAGCAGAUGUUUAUUCACUGAUUGGAAAACCACCAGUUUUCCGCCUUAGGUAUGGAUGGUUUUCUUUCGCUGAACCUAUACCUGCAACAUGUCAAGCUCCAUUAUCUUGUGCAACCGACAAUUAUGUAGACAUGAGUACUCUGAAUAAAAAUCUUGUGGAGACUACACUUAAAGCUGCGGCACCUUGUAAUGGAUCCCAGAAAAUUUUGGCCACAAGUGACAAUAUGCUCUCUGGACGGAGUGUCACUGUGGCAUUGUCUUCGGCCAUUGGUGAAACAGUUAGUGGUGCUAGCUCAAGUUCUGGUAUUAAUAGUAACGACAGAUCGCGUGAUGAUGCUUCAGGUGCCACGUUGAGUGAUCGGGAGAAGGCUACUCGCCCACUUCCCGAAGAGGAUCAAAAUCCGGAUGAACCUAGGAGAUAUAAGGCAGCAUCACCAGCGGGGGGUUGGGCUGAUAGCCUGACCAACAUUAGUGUUGGGGAUCUUCUCUCAGAGUUGCCUCACAAUGUUGAACCAGGUUGCAUUGACUUGCCGGAACCAAGGAACUUUGAGUGCGUUCAGCCGAUUUCUCAAAGUUGCGACUCUUUUGAUGCAGCCAUCGCUGCUCAUAUAUGCAGACAUCAAAGCAUAUCUGCCUGUGAGCCAACUCUCAUGUCUCAUGCAUCAUCAAUUUGGGACGGUGAGGAAACAUGUGAUGCCUUCUCAUUCCAGAAGAAAGGCGUGUCAUCUGAAGGAAUCCAAUGUUCCUUCAGAAAUUCCUUCCCAGAGAUAGGGGGAAUUGGUAAGACUAGGUUUGCUGAAUCUGACGAACCAGAGGAGCCUAAUCCUGAGGAACCCUUAACUGAUGAUCCUACACAAGAUGUUGACUUCAUUGAUAAAUGUCAAUCUUAUCAACAUACUUCUGACAACUCCCCGGGAGACCUUAAUGGGCUGACUGACUUUUACUGGCCUGAUUCUUUGGGGCCACUAGAUUUGGACUUCUCUUCUUGUAGAUACCGUAGCGAUGAUCUGAUCUUAAGCGAUAGUCUUGGGGGUCUGAACCGCCUAAUAGCUAGCAGUCUGGAUGCUUUUCAAAACUGCUCCUUUUUCGGGACAGACAAAAAAGAACCAACAUCAACAGUUGGAGCAGCUGGAGAAAUUUCUUCCGACAUGAAAAUUAGUGCCGAAGUUUAAAAUAUGAGGAGCAACCUCUGAGUGAAAGCCGUGCAGGAUCUUUUUCUUAGUACCCUUAGCUCAAGAGUGUUUGGACAUGCGAGAUGCAGGUUCCCAAGUGAAAAGAUGGUUUAUUGGAGACCCGUCCAACUUUGUUAAUAUGAGCUUGUAGAAUAUGGUUCUAUAGUCUAGAUGAUAAUGUGCAUAGUUGAAAUCUAAUCGUGUAUUUUUGUUCGAUUGAUGAAGCAGUAUUUAAUCUGGGAAAUCUAUACAUUUGUGAUGCUGUCAGUUUCAUGUAAAUCUACACCAUGCUUUUUUAAUCAACCCAGUGGUUGCUUCAUCGUCGUAAAGGCAAUUUCUAUGAGCCUUCAUCAUCAUAACCGAUGGUACUUCACAACAUUGUAACAUAAGUUUGGCUCAAAUUAUUGAUUUUUUGGUCCUAAACUUUAUGAAUUCGUUCUAAUCCUUAGAUUUCAUGUAUGCUCAUUUUUUCAGCAAAGU